CCUCAGACUUAAAAAUGCUCACUAUUCCUGUUAGUCUCAGUCGGCCUCUCUUUUCAGGCUGAUGGAUCCGGCUCGCAGCCCGAACAUUACAGCCUGCGUUUACGGCUCUAAGGGGAGCCCUCCCUCCUGAAUUUAUCCGGAGAAAGAGCUAGCCGGUGAAGGGCGGGUUUAGGCCCCUAGGUCGGUCUCUCGGCCGAGUGAGAAGCAAGUCACGUUGUGAUCCCAUCUGGUGGCGGUUCUCUUGCUGAGCCCGGACGCACCUAAGCCAUCGAACGUGGGCCCGGCCGGCCCAUUGACAAAAAGCGUGGGAAUUCCACCUCCCGCUUCUUUGUGACGUCACGAAGAACAUUGUGCUUCGAGUGGUUUGCCCACGUUGUGUGAGUUCCACCAGUGACCGACCAGCUUGUUGCGUGACCGCUGUAGUGAAAUAAUGGACUUCUUAAUGCAUAGAUUUGCAUAAAUGUAUGCGCUGGACAAGGACUGUCGCCUGAAGAAGAACCUGCGCCUGGCGGGCAAGGGGACAAAGGAACUGGGCUCCUCCAACGCGGGCAUGAAGCGGGCGUUCGGCAGAAGAAAAGGAUUGUGGUUUCGCUUGCGGAAGAUACUUCUUUGGUUGUUGGCCUUGUACAUUGCCAUUCCAUUCCUUGUAAAACUCUGUCCUGGGAUACAGGCUAAGCUGAUUUUCUUAAAUUUUGUGAGGGUUCCCUAUUUCAUUGACUUGAAAAAGCCACAGGAGCAAGGCUUAAAUCACACGUAUAAUUACUACCUCCAGCCAGAAGAAGGAGUAACCAUUGGAGUCUGGCACACAGUCCCUGCAGUGUUAUGGAAGAAUGCUCAAGGAAAGGACCAAGUAUGGUAUGAGGAUACUUUGGCUUCUAACCAUCCUAUCAUUCUUUAUUUACAUGGAAAUGCAGGCACUAGAGGAGGAGAUCAUCGAGUAGCAUUGUACAAGGUUCUGAGUUCCCUUGGUUACCAUGUAGUCACCUUUGAUUACAGAGGUUGGGGUGAUUCAAUAGGAACUCCAACAGAAGGGGGAAUGACCUAUGAUGCUCUACAUGUGUUUGACUGGAUAAAAGCAAGAAGUGGUUACAAUCCUGUGUAUAUUUGGGGCCAUUCACUGGGCACUGGAGUUGCAACCAAUUUAGUAAGGCGCUUAUGUGAACGAGAAACUCCUCCAGAUGCCCUCAUAUUGGAAUCUCCAUUUACAAACAUACGUGAAGAAGCAAAAAGUCAUCCAUUUUCAGUGGUCUACCGAUACUUUCCUGGAUUUGAUUGGUUCUUUCUUGACCCCAUCACUAGCAGUGGAAUUAAAUUUGCGAAUGACGAAAAUGUGAAAUACAUAUCAUGCUCCUUGCUAAUUCUUCAUGCUGAAGAUGACCCUAUUGUGCCAUUCCAUCUAGGAAGAAAGCUUUAUAACAUUGCUGCACCAUCUCAGAGCUUCCGGGACUUCAAAGUCCAGUUCAUUCCAUUUCACAGGGAUCUUGGCUACAGGCACAAGUAUAUAUACAAGAGUCCUGAACUACCUCGAAUAUUGAGGGAAUUCCUGGGAAAAUCAGAACAUGAGCAUCAUGAGCUACGUCAUUGAGGACUGGCUAUGUGAAAGCAUGAAGAUCUCUUCCCCUCCCCCCAUCUUUUUCUUUCCCUUUGGAUCAGUCCACAAUCCUGGAAACUGUCAGCAGCAGAUGAGUCUAGCUCUCCGGCAUCCACAUUGCUCAGGAACCCUGGCUUUGUCAUCAAGCUUGCCUGUGGAGGGGACUCGACACGAUCUUAGUUGGUUUGUUUAGCCCUGGUAGGAAUGGGAGGAAGCUUACACAGAGCAACUCAAUGUGACCCCAAUGGACCCGAGGAUCCAACCAAGUGGCUGAAAAUAUGAACCCUUCUCGGAAAUUUAGAGUGGAUGAUGGAUGAUGGAUGGCUUUGCUCCUCUUAAGUAUAAGUUGGCCAUGGUGGACCUGCCACCGCUUGGUUGAUCCUACUUCUGUCUGGCUUUUUAGUGGUUGAUUUUUUGUUUUUGUUUUUUACAAUGGAGACUUCAUUCUCUAUUCAUUUUCUCUAGAAGCCCAAGAAGAUGAAAGGGACUCUUGGUGUCUCAGAACAAGGACUUCAACCUCUUACUGAAGGGGCAUGGUAGGAGAUUUGAAAAUGAAGGAUUUAUUUGGAGUUCUUCCUAUCCCUCCCUACUAUACCCAUAAUGAACUUUGGAUGGUUUUUUUUUUAUUAUUUCUCACCCUUUGCAUACUUGCACUCCAUGGCUACCACUUUCCUCUCUUGGGGGUACUUUUGCUAAUUCACAAGACUGAUUAUGGUGAUUUUUUUAUUUGUACUUCUCUCAGUUCAUUUUCCCUUUUAUUUCUCUCUUCAUCCUUCUUACUAUUUGGGUCUAAACUGAACCUUUACUUAAAAAUAAAAUAGUGGUGGUGAUCUGUCUUCGUUUUUCUCUGCAAAUCUAGAAAAAUCAACCACACUAAGCACUUUGAGGCAGAAAAGUUUGUACCUCGUACAGUGUCCACUAGACUACUUUGCCCUGUGGUCUUAGCUACAAGGUUUAAAUGCAGAGUGAGCUUUCCCAGCUUUAGGAUUUUAGUCUGUCUGCUUAAGCUGGGGCAGAACUUGGCUAAUGAAUGUGAAUGGAGUUUCCCCGAUCGUCUUCCUUCUUUUGUCUUAGGCAAGACUCGAGUCUCUAAUCCAGUACGUACCAGAAGCACUCCAUAUGGGGAAGGCUGUUCUGCACAGUGGGACAGGAAUAUUCCAGAUUGCACAUCAAGUUUCCAUUUCUUUGCAAUACUGGUCCCAGUGUGAAGUCUUGCAGCCUUAGGCACAGAAUGCCCAUUUCUGCAGUUGUAUAUUGAGGAGCAUGAGCACAUACGCAUGCACGGGAGUCCUAGCUACAGGUGCAUAAUGUCUAUUUUUAAUGAAUUUUAUGCCAUAAAAAGAUGGAAUAUAGUUUUGGCCCAUGUUACUUAUGAGCUAUGUGCCACUUUGCUACUUACGGGAGUUAUUUAUUGCACUGAUAGAUGUCUAUCGUCCGGCUUUUUUUUGUACAACCAAACCAACAUUCCAUGACAUGCUGUUGCUUUCAUUAGACACCUAUUAAAUAAAAUUCAACCUUAAAUGAGAAUAUUGUCCAUCUUUCCCAAUUAACAAAAGAUCAGAUUCUCCAAAGCAUGAACCUGAUAACUGUUUAAAUUUGUCACCUACAGUUGCAAUCAUUAGGCCAGUAUUGUGUAUUGAACUUUAAAAUCUCUCAAAGAAAAAAACUGCAUAAUUUUAAUAAAAUUGUCUUUGGAUCACUC